UGAAAUUCAUGUACAUACAUUUAAAUUCAGGCCUAAAUAUAUACAUUCUGUUCUGGAUUCUUGUAUCCUGUGCUGCUCUAUAGUUUGAUUUUUGGCAUGCUAGCACAGAUAAAUGGUGUAAACCUGAGCAGGGUGGGUCCGUUCAUUUGCAAUGCAUAUUGAAGGCUGGACGUCCUGCCGAGUUUCCCCGGAGUCCUUCAUUCUCACCGGGGACAAUGAGUUCAGGACUGAAGCUUUAGACCACAUUACUGUGGUGAUCCGUCCAAAAUGAAUCGAAACCGCUACACGCUUCAGGAGCCUGAUGUCAAAGAGUAUCUGGUGAAGGGAGACAGGUUCACAAAAUGGAAAGAAGACUCCAAGAAAACCACACCGGUCACCAUGAAGAUGGAUCCGAAAGGAUUUUACCUCUAUUGGAUCAAUCAGAGCAAGGAAACUGAGUUUUUGGAUAUCGCCACCAUCAGGGACACAAGAGCAGGAAAAUAUGCCAAACUCCCUAAACAUCCAAAGGUUCGUAACGUCUUCAACAUGGAUUUCCCUGACAGCCAUCAUCUGGCCAAAGCGCUGACCAUCGUGACGGGACCGGACACCGUCAACCUCACUUAUCACAACUUCUUCGCUGCUAAAGAAGUGGCUCAGACGUGGGCAGACGACAUUCUGGCUAUAGCAUAUAACACACUGAGAGCAAACGCCUGCAGACAGGUCUUCCUGGAGAAAGUGUAUGUCCGCCUCUCAUUGCAGACCAACAAAGAUGGAAAAAUUCCUGUUAAAAACAUCUUAAAGAUGUUUCCAGCAGACAAGAAAAGAGUGGAAGCUGCUCUGGCUGCAGCAAAUCUCCCGAAGGGAAAGUUUGACACCAUUAAACCUGAUGUGUUCACUGAAGCGGCCUUCAAGACCUUCAUACUCCAUCUCUGUCCCAGACCUGAAAUCAAUGAAAUCUUCACCUCCUUCACCAAGGGAAAGGGUUUCAUGACGAAGGAGAUGCUGACCAAGUUUCUGAACGAGAAACAGCGAGAUUCCCGUCUCAACGAGGAGCUGUUUCCACUCGUCAGACCCGAACAGGUGAAGAACCUCAUAGAGAAAUACGAGCCGAGCUCGUCCAACGCCAGCCGCGGUCAGAUUUCUCCAGAAGGGUUGAUGUUUUAUCUGAUGGGAUCUGAAACAUCGGUGGUGAAACUGGACAAACUGGCCCAGAGUCACGAUAUGACUCAACCCAUCCCACAUUACUUCAUCAAAUCCUCCCACAACACCUACCUCACAGCGGGGCAGCUGACGGGCGUCUCGUCUCCGGAGAUGUACCGCCAGUGUCUCCUCGCCGGGUGCCGCUGUCUGGAGCUCGACUGCUGGAAGGGCAAACCUCCGGAUGAAGAGCCAAUCAUCACCCACGGCUUCACCAUGACAACCGAGAUCCUCUUCAAGGUCAGUUCCUCCAAUCAGAGCUCUCUCGCUCAGUCUCGCUGUGAUUAUGGGAUGCGCAGUGGGAGCUCAUUAUAAUCAGUGCAUGCUACAUUUGACAGAAAUCAAGACAGGUCAACUUUACAGCGGAUUAUUAAUCGCUUUGAUUUACUGAAUCAAAACAUAUGCAUAAAUAACCUCAGGA